AAGACUUUAAAAAGAAACAAAUAAUGCAGUGAAACGGUUAUGAAUUACUUUAAAGAAUUUGUUUUAAGAACAUGAAAAUGAAACUUGUGUAGAUGUAUUUAUUUUGCUAGUUAAUUUCUUUAAGCCUAAGGCUAAAGGCAGUUGUUUAAUAUUGUAGAUCUAAUUCUAAUAGGAUCUGCAUUAGUAAUCUAGUUUCUUCACCUAGGCCGUCCUAGGCUGCCUAGGCUACAAUCGGCUACAUAAAAAAAUAUUUUGACUUGAAAUAAUCAUCAAAAUCAGUAGAUAAGAUAGUCUACCACUCACGUCAAGAAUUAUUAGGUCUCUAGUGUUAGUUUUACUCUGUUGACAUAGAAUGGCAAAUAGAAUGGAUGUAGAAGCCUGUCAUGCUACCCCUGUGGUAACCACCACUGAAGAUGAAUUUGAGUGUGCCAUUUGUAUGGAGUGUUUCACCAACCCUUGUACUGUUUACCCAUGUAAUCACAUAUAUUGCAUGGAGUGCCUUCAGGCUUUGCAGGCUUCUACUGCACCACGUUGUCCCCAGUGCCGGGCUGCAAUAGAGGACUUCCUGGUAGCAGAUGAGAUUGAAAAGAGGAUGGCGGCUUGCUAUAUUAUUUGUACAUAUUGUAAUGCUAUGGUUCUGGCAAAAGAAAUGAAGGGACACAAAUUUACUUGUCCUAAUGCUGCGAGUUUCUUAGAUGAUGUGAAACAAGCUUCCCACACUGAAGGUGGCUCACCAGGUCAGAUACAGAAUAGAUCUACUUUCCGAUGUCCCUACUGCAUGGAGGCCAAUUUAUUGUCAUCACAACUUAUUGAUCAUUGUAACCAACAUCAUGCUGGCAACAAAACUAAAGUGGUUUGUCCAAUUUGUGCUGCCAUGCCCUGGGGUGACCCAAACCUUCAAAGUUCAAAUUUUCUUCAGCAUUUAAAUAUUAGACACAAGUUUGAAUAUGAUACCUACGUGGAUUUUGAGCAGGAUGAUGAUGCCAUGCUGCAGUUAGCACUUCAUGCUUCCUUAGAUGGUUAGUGAAGGAUGGAAUACCAGGCAGUUCUCAAAGACAAUUUACCUCCAUUGUGACCUACAGAAAACUGAAGUGGACCUUCAGCUGGCAUUAGUCUGGGUCAUUUGUGUGGGCUACAUUCAGUACACAAAUCAAGCAAUGCAAGAAUGUUGAACUUGAUUCCUUAUCCUCUGAUUAAACCAAAACUAAAGGUUUCAUGAAACAUUCCUAUUUCUGUGUGUAAUAUAACAUGAAAUGGAUGACUUGUUUUAAAGUCAUUCCUUUUUAAUUAAUUUAAUAACCUCAAUGAUUGCUACUCAUUUGAUAUCAUUUACGUUUUUUAAAAUUAAAUUAUAGAUUCAACAAGAAAUAAAUAUUGGCAA